ACUGGGAACCUACUGUCCCUGGCGGCUGCCUGCAAACGCCCGGGGCUGGUGCGUGCACCCGGUCUCCGGAGGAUGCUCAGACAGCAUGAUCGGUGUGCGGAGCACCCCCUCACUCUGCCUGAUUGAAGACUCGGGUUAGGGACGUCUGACAGCUGCCUCAAUUGCGGUAUCAGACGUUCAAACAUGGGGCUCACGAAGCAGUACCUACGCUAUGUUGCCAGUGCAGUCUUUGGCCUUAUUGGCAGCCAAAAAGGUAAUAUUGUCUUUGUGACACUUCGUGGUGAAAAAGGACGCUAUGUGGCAGUACCAGCCUGCGAACAUGUUUUCAUCUGGGACUUAAGAAAAGGAGAGAAGAUCCUCAUCCUUCAGGGGCUUAAGCAAGAAGUCACUUGCUUGUGUCCCUCCCCAGAUGGGCUACACUUAGCUGUUGGUUAUGAGGAUGGGUCUAUCCGAAUCUUCAGUCUCCUGAGUGGGGAAGGAAAUGUGACCUUCAAUGGACACAAAGCAGCCAUCACUUCCCUGAAGUAUGAUCAGCUAGGAGGCAGGCUGGCAUCUGGGUCCAAGGACACAGAUACCAUUGUGUGGGAUGUAAUCAAUGAAAGCGGCCUCUACCGUCUAAAAGGGCACAAGGACGCCAUCACACAAGCACUGUUUCUACGAGAAAAGAAUCUGCUAGUUACUAGUGGAAAAGAUACCAUGGUGAAAUGGUGGGACCUUGAUACCCAGCACUGCUUUAAAACGAUGGUUGGCCACCGAACCGAGGUGUGGGGGUUGGUGCUGGUGUCAGAAGACAAGCGACUCAUCACUGGGGCUUCCGACAGUGAGCUGAGGGCUUGGGACAUAGCCUAUCUACAGGAGGUGGAAGACAUAGAAGAACCAGAGCCCAAGAAAAGCAGAGCGUCUUCCCCUGGAAUACAGGACACACACGAGCCUGAGGAAGGCACCCCGGAGACAGACGAAACUCCUGAGGAUCGCAUCCUUACAUGCAGAAAAGCUGGUUCCAUCAUGCGGGAGGGAAGGGACAGAGUUGUGAACCUUGCGGUCGACAGGACAGGCAGGAUUCUAGCUUGCCACGGAACCGAUUCUGUGCUAGAAGUGUUCUGCGUCCUUUCUAAAGCGGAAGUUCAGAAGAAAAUGGAUAAGAAGAUGAAGAAAGCUAGAAAGAAAGCAAAAUUAAAUUCUUCCAAAGGGGAGGAGGAAGACCUUGAAGUCAAUGUCGAAAUGACUCUGCAAGACGAAAUCCAGCGGGUGACUAAUAUCAAAACUUCUGCCAAAAUCAAAUCCUUUGACUUGAUUCAUUCACCUCAAGGAGAGUUGAAGGCAGUCUUCCUGCUGCAGAACAACUUGGUGGAGUCGUAUUCACUGCACCCGUCCGCGCCUGCUCCGCAGCCUGUCAGGACGAGCAGAAUCACCAUCGGGGGUCAUCGCAGUGAUGUGCGGACCCUGUCUUUCAGCUCCGACAACAUUGCUGUCCUUUCAGCCGCGGCAGAUUCCGUGAAAAUAUGGAACAGGGCCACGCUACAGUGUAUCCGCACGAUGACCUGCGAAUACGCACUGUGCUCAUUCUUCGUACCUGGUGAUAGGCAGGUGGUCAUAGGAACAAAGACAGGAAAGCUGCAGCUUUAUGACUUGGCCUCAGGAAAUCUGCUGGAGACAAUAGACGCACAUGAUGGGGCUUUAUGGUCCUUGUCUCUCUCUCCGGAUCAGCGUGGCUUUGUGACAGGUGGUGCAGAUAAAUCUGUCAAGUUCUGGGAUUUUGAGUUGGUAAAAGAUGAAAAUAGUACUCAGAAGAGACUUUCUGUGAAGCAAACCCGAACCUUGCAACUAGAUGAAGACGUUCUGUGUGUCAGUUACUCUCCCAACCAAAAGCUGUUGGCUGUGUCUUUGCUGGACUGUACUGUGAAAAUUUUCUAUGUUGACACUUUAAAGUUUUUUCUUUCACUCUAUGGACACAAACUGCCUGUUAUAUGCAUGGACAUCUCUUAUGAUGGAGCACUAAUAGCAACGGGCUCUGCUGACAGGAAUGUGAAAAUCUGGGGUUUGGAUUUUGGGGACUGCCACAAGUCUCUCUUUGCCCACGAUGACAGUGUGAUGUACCUACGGUUCGUGCCCAAGUCCCACCUCUUCUUCACUGCUGGGAAGGACCAUAAGAUUAAGCAGUGGGAUGCGGACAAAUUUGAACACAUACAGACUCUGGAGGGGCACCACCAGGAAAUCUGGUGCUUGGCCGUAAGCCCCAGUGGAGACUAUGUUGUGUCCUCGUCGCAUGACAAAUCUCUGAGACUUUGGGAGAGAACAAGGGAGCCUCUUAUUCUUGAGGAAGAAAGGGAAAUGCAAAGGGAAGCAGAAUAUGAGGAGAGUGUGGCCAAAGAAGACCAACCAGUAGUUCCAGGAGAGACUCAAGGUGACAAUUACUUUACUGGAAAGAAAACUAUUGAAACGGUCAAAGCAGCUGAGAGGAUCAUGGAGGCUGUCGAGCUAUACCGAGAGGAGACUGCAAAAAGGAAGGAACACAAAGCCAUUUGUAAAGCUGCAGGGAAAGAGGUUCCUCUUCCCGUCAACCCCAUCCUGAUGGCUUAUGGCAAUAUCUCUCCUUCGGCUUAUGUGUUGGAGAUUUUUAAAGGAAUUAAGUCGAGUGAGCUGGAAGAGUCUCUGCUUGUGCUACCUUUUUCUUACGUCCCGGACAUCCUUAAGCUCUUUAAUGAAUUCAUCCAGCUGGGCUCUGAUAUUGAACUCCUGUGUAGGUGCCUCUUCUUUCUGCUCAGGAUUCACUUCGGGCAGAUCACUAGUAACCAAAUGCUUGUGCCAGUGAUUGAAAAGUUAAAGGAAACAACUAUUUCAAAAGUCAGCCAAGUCCGGGAUGUUAUCGGCUUCAACAUGGCAGGUCUGGAAUAUCUCAAGAGGGAAUGCGAGGCAAAAAGUGAAGUUAUGUUUUUUGCUGAUGCAACCAGCCAGUUGGAAGAAAAGAAGAGGAAGAGGAAAAAGAGGGAGAAGCUAAUUUUAACAUAUACUUAGAACACAAAUGUGGUGCCCUUUUCUUUUUAUUUAAAAGAACUUCUAAACUAAGCCGUGGAAUUGGUGUCAACUUGAAAAUAACCCAGUAACAGAGCUCAUUGUGUUACAGAAGAUGUCAGGAUGUGGUUCCCAGCUUUGCCUGAGGAAAUGCCCAGUGCGGGACUGUGGGCGCCAUUUCUUGGACUUAAGGCCUGAUAGUUUAUCUUUCUGUGCCCUCGAAGGUUGAGCCCUUCAGUAGUUGUUCCCAUUUUAGUCUAGCAGGGAACAACGAACUUUAUUUUUUACUAGUUGUUUGACUAGAGCUGAAAUGAACAUUUCAAAACUUUUUCUUAUUUCUGCGAUAACAGAAGAUUUAAUGUGUUACUCUUUGUAUUACAUUUUACCUCGUACAGAGACUAUCAGGUGCACAAUUGAUUGCCCUCUCCCAUUAAAUGCAGAGUCUUGGACUUACAGAGCUGAAAAGGACCAUAAAAAUUCUCUAAAACACCCUCCUUCAACUUUGCCUCUUAGAGGUGGUUAUAUCUGUAUAUAAAAAUAUCUAAUUGCUAAUUGUUUCUACUUCUCUACAUAAUUGUUUCUAAUUAAAGUGUAGUCAAGCUGA